AUGUCGUCUCUCUUCCGCCCCCGGAGGGUGGACCAGUCCCCUGCUUUCGCCAGCCCUAAUGCUUUAACACCCCGACACUUCCUCGAGGGCUGGGACGCCGCCGAGUUCGACGACCUCAAGUACUCGUAUGGCCUGACAGGGGUUGACCAGGUCGGCAACUUCAUCUGGGUCGACACCUUCCUCUACCUGCUGCUCGCCACGGGUGUUAUCCUCUUUGGCCUGCGUAUCGCGAACAUGUGGUGGCGCCACAACCGCCAUCUAACCGUCAUGGGCAACCCGUCGCGCCAGGCGUACUGGGCGACUAACCGGACGAGCUGGUGGCCCUGGCUCAACCGACAUGUUCUGGUCGCGCCGUUAUGGAAGAAGAAGCACAAUGCCCAGUUCCAGAUCUCCAGCGCUAUCGACAAUGGAACGCUGCCUGGCCGCUGGCACACCAUCAUGCUCGUCGUUUACGUCGCGCUGAACAUCGCUUGGUGCGUCGCACUACCUUACAAAGUGCUCGACCACAAGGAAACCAUUGCCGCGCUGCGUGGCCGCUCUGGCACUCUCGCCGCCCUCAACCUAAUCCCGACUAUCCUCUUCGCUCUCCGCAACAACCCUCUGAUCCCGCUUCUGCAAGUCUCGUACGACGACUUUAACCUGUUCCACCGCUGGGCCGCCCGCAUCACCAUUGCCGAGGCCAUUGUGCACACCAUCGCAUGGGUGUACAACACUGCGCUGAGCGCUGGAUGGAGCGCGGUGGCCGACGCUCUGCAUACCGAGGGCUCCUACGGCUGGGGCAUGGUGAGCACCAUCGCCUUCACCUUCAUCGGCAUCCAGGCAUGGUCGCCAUUCCGCCACGCUUUCUACGAGACCUUCCUCGGCAUCCACAGGGUCAUGGUCAUAUUGGCGCUCCUCGGCCUGUACAAGCAUCUCGAACUGCACAUGCUGCCACAGGUCCCCUGGAUGCAUUUGAUCUUUUUCUUCUGGGCAGCAGAGUGGUUCUUCCGCCUGCUCUCAAUGGCCUACUACGGCUUCAGCCUCAAGCAGCGCUCCAAAAUCACCGUCGAAGCCAUGCCUGGAGAAGCUGUGCGCGUGACCAUCGAUAUGGUUCGUGAAUGGAGCCCACGCCCUGGCUGCCAUGUGCACAUCUGGAUGCCGAAGCUCGCUGGGCUGCACUCGCAUCCAUUUUCUGUCGCUUGGGCAGCACCCGUCACUGCCGACUCAAAGGAAAUGACACUGCCCACUCUCGAAGGCGAUAUUCCCAUUGCUCCCGGCGGACCCCAGAAGUCUAAGCAAAUCAGCCUCAUCUGCCGUGCCCGUACAGGUCUUACGCGCAAGAUGUACGAGAAGGCGUGUGCAUCACCCUCAGAACAGUUCAGCACUUGGGGCUUUAUCGAGGGUCCCUACGGUGGCCACCAUUCACUCGAUUCGUAUGGCAGUCUUGUUCUGAUUGCCGGCGGUGUCGGUAUCACCCACCAAGUCAUGUACCUCAAGCAUCUCGUCAAUGGCUUCAAUCGUGGUACGACGGCCACCCAGCGAAUCGUCUUGAUCUGGACAGUGCCCGACUCUGACUGCUUGGAGUGGGUUCGUCCGUGGAUGGACGAGGUCCUGCGAAUGCCCGGCCGCAAACAAUGUCUGCGCAUCAAACUCUUCAUCACACGACCCAAAGGGCGUGUCGAGAGCUCAAGUGACACAGUGAAGAUGUUUGCGGGGCGGCCGAACAUCAACACACUCAUUGAGGAGGAGGUGCGAAGUCGCGUGGGUGCCAUGGCCGUCACCGUUUGCGGUAGCGGAGGUUUCUCAGACGGAGUCAGAGCGGCGGUCCGACCUUGGUUAACGGAAGGGUGUAUUGACUUUGUGGAGGAGGCCUUUACCUACUGA